AAAAACAGAGCCAUUGUCUGUUUUAUUUUCUGCCCUGAGUCAAAGGGAUCAUGUCACCUUUACAAAAAGACCAUUAAACCCUUUUUACACUUGCGUAUCUCGAGUCAGAAACAAACCAUUUUUGAUGAAUGUGUCAAUCCAUUAGUACAAUUUUGCAACAUUAAAAAAAUCAAAUUUUUUGAUAGUUGCUGAGCUACCCAGAAAAAGAUUUUUUUUUUCAAAAAACACCCACCUCAGAUCUUUCUCCUCAACAAAAACAGAGACCCAUGUCUGCAAUUUCACUUCUUUUUGUAUUUCCAAUACUACCCUUUACUUGUCUCUUUCUCAUUUAAUUUGUACAGCAGAAUUCAUCUCCUCUGUAUCUUGUUUUUCUCUGUAACUUAAUGGUCAAAUGAAGUGUAGUUGAAUUGGGUGUUUGCCAGUAGUUUUGAGACUUUAUUUUGUGUGCAGAAGUUCUGUUCAUUAAUGAGUUUGAAGUCCAUCAACAAACAUAUAUGAUUGGCUUAAAGGUUUGUCUGAAUUCUCAAAAUUAUCUGAAUUCUGAAGUUUUAAAGAUUUGGGCUCAUUUUAGUAUGUAAAAUUUCUUGAAAUCUAAAGAAAAAGUUUUGAGUUUUGAGUUUUGUAGUGCAAUUAUGGGUUCUUCUAGUUUCACUUGUUUUAUAGGUUCAAUUUGCUUGGUUUUUCUCUUUAUAUGCGAUGAUUGUACGGCUAGCAUCCAAAGUUUUGGCAAGAUUUACCCUCCGUAUGGAGGGUCUCAAAUGAAUUGGAUUGAUAAGAACGGUUUGUUUCUUAUAUCUAAUAAUUCAAAUUUUGCAUUUGGCUUCCAAGCUACUCAAGAUGUCACAUUGUACAUGCUAUGUAUCAUUCAUCUGAAAACCCUAAAUCCUGUAUGGUCUGCCAAUAGAAACUCCCCUGUUUCGAAUUCUGAUAAGUUCUUAUUCGGUGAUGAUGGUACCGUGUCGUUACAGAAGGGAGGAAAGCCGAUCUGGUCGCCUAUUACGAGUGGUAAAAAGGUUUCUGCAAUAGAAUUGCAGGAUUCAGGAAACCUUGUUAUGCUUGGGGAUGAGAAUAGUGUACUAUGGCAGAGUUUUAGCCAUCCGACGGAUACUCUUUUGUCGAACCAGGAGUUUCGUGAGGGAAUGAAACUUGUUAGUGAUCCUAGUCCGAAUAAUUUGACCUAUGUUCUUGAGAUUAGGUCUGGUGAUAUGAUUCUUUCUGCUGGUUAUAAAACUCCACAGCCUUAUUGGUCUGUGAAGAAUGAUAAUCGCAAGACGAUUAAUGAAGAUGGCGGGACGGUAAAUCUAGCGUCUUUGAAUGGGAAUUCAUGGAGAUUUUAUGACAGAAACAACGUCUUGUUAUGGCAGUUUAUCUUUGCUGGUGCGGAUAAUAAAUCUAGGAAUGCUACUUGGAUUGCGGUUAUAGGAAAUGAUGGCUUUAUUUCUUUCAACAAUCUCGAUAAUGGAGGCAAUGCUGCACCAGAAAAAAUACCAAGUGAUGUUUGUAGUAGGCCGGAAUCUUGUGAUGCAUAUUAUGUUUGUUCUGAUAACAAUGUAUGCCAAUGCCCUUCGUCUCUUGGCCCAAAUUGCAAAACAGGUAUUGUCUCUUCAUGUGAUAGCUCACAGAGUUCUACGGAGCUAGUGAGUGGAGGGAAUGGCCUUGAUUAUUUUGCGUUAGGGUUUGUUCCGCCCUCUUCGAAAACUGAUUUCGAAGGCUGCAAAUUGUCCUGCAGCAAGAAUUGUUCGUGUGUUGCUCUGUUUUUCCAGAACAGUACUGGAAAUUGUUUCCUGUUUGACCGAGUAGGAAGUUUAAAAAACUCCGGCCCAAGCUCGAGUUUUGUUACGUACAUCAAAGUCUCGAGCCAUGGAGGAGGCAGUGGCUCGAGCAAUGGAGCCAGUGAAAGCAGCAAAAAGGGUUUUCCGUAUGUUGUUAUAAUAAUCAUUGCUACGGUACUAGUCAUUUGUGGUUUACUUUAUGUGGCGUUUCGAUAUCAUAGUUAUAAGAAAAGAUAUCCAGAAUCUCCCCAUGACUCGUCGGAAGACGAUAAUUUUUUGGAGAGUUUAUCUGGUAUGCCACUUCGAUAUAGCUACAGGGAUCUUCAAACAGCAACAAAUAACUUCUCGGUGAAGCUAGGUCAAGGAGGGUUCGGUUCAGUUUAUCAAGGGGUUCUUCCAGACAAAACCCGAUUGGCAGUCAAGAAGUUAGAAGGCAUAGGGCAGGGGAAGAAAGAAUUCCGAGCUGAGGUCAGCAUCAUCGGCAGCAUACACCAUCACCAUUUGGUUAGACUAAAAGGAUUCUGUGCUGAAGGUACUCACCGGAUGCUUGCUUACGAGUUCAUGGCGAAUGGAUCGCUGGAUAAAUGGAUAUUCAAGAGAAACAAAGAAGAGCCGCUGUUGGAGUGGGAAACAAGAUUCAAUAUUGCAUUAGGAACAGCUAAAGGACUAGCUUACCUGCAUGAAGACUGUGAUGUAAAGAUUAUCCACUGCGACAUAAAACCCGAAAACGUACUCCUCGACGAUAAUUUCAUCGCUAAAGUCUCUGAUUUUGGAUUGGCUAAGUUAAUGACUCGAGAACAAAGCCAUGUUUUCACAACCAUGAGAGGCACAAGAGGGUACCUUGCACCAGAAUGGAUCACGAAUUACGCCAUAUCCGAGAAAAGCGAUGUUUACAGCUAUGGAAUGUUGUUGCUUGAGAUCAUAAGCGGACGGAAAAACUUUGUAGCAACCGAAUCUUCCGAGACAUCGUAUUUCCCGUCAUACGCGUUUAAGAUGAUGGAAGAAGGCAAACUGAGAGACAUUCUUGAUUCUGAACUGAACUUGGAUGACACUGAUAAGCGAGUCUCAAAUUCUAUUAAAGUUGCAUUGUGGUGCAUACAGGAAGAUAUGUAUUUGAGACCAACAAUGUCGAAAGUUGUACAAAUGCUCGAAGGUCUCUGUGUUGUUUCUCAGCCACCAACUUCUUCACCGUUAGGGUAUCGCCUUUUUUCGAGCUUCUUGAAAGCGACAAGUGAAGAAGGAACUUCUUCAGGAACUUCGGACUGUAAUAGUCUGGCAUAUCUGUCUUCUGUGCAGCUUUCUGGCCCCAGAUAGCAUUUGUUCAGUCUGUUCAGAUUAGAUUUUUGAGUUAAGCUACUACUAAUGUAUACACCUACUUAUAGUAAUUCUGUAUAUUAAUUAAUGGUGAGAUAUUCUGUAUAACUAUAGUAAGAAUUAUUAUUCAAUACAACGGUUAUGUCA